AUGCCUCAGAACAGUCCUGAACAGCAGGGCAGCAUGCGGCUCCCAAAGAAGCUCAAGAGUGUGUGUGGAGGCGGGGGCAGGAGGGGGGACCCCAAAGCUCUGAGCUGCUCAGGUACCAGCGGCUGCAGCGCCCUUCCCCGCCUCCUGCGGGGGGUCAAUGUCCCAUCCUCUGGCUUCCACCCAACUGAGCCGCGCGACCCUCUUUGGAGGGCCAGGGGGCGGCCCGAAGGCCGCACACGCCUGCAGCCAACGCGCAGGCCCCGCGUUCCCCGGAGCGCGGGCCGGGCUGAGGCCUGGCCCAUCGCCGCGGCAAGCAGCCCGGGCCCGGCCGCGGAACGCCCUGAGCCUUCGCCCGAGGGACCGAGAAGAGGGGGGCGGCUCUCUCCGUGCCGCGCCGCUGCCUCACCCGCAAGGACGUCCGCGACCGUGUCCCUAUCCCGGGCCAAACCGCGAGCAGCAGCAGGUGUUCCUCGGAAGGCUCGGCCGGCCACGGGGAUAGGGGCCUGGGCUGCUAAGCUCAGCAGCAGUGGACCGGCAGCGCACUCACCGAGCGCCGGCGGGCGGGCCGCGGCAGGUGCUUGCUCCUCCCGGCCGCAAGACGCCGCGCCGCCGCCGCCGCUCCCCGGGGACUCGGCGCCAAGCUGCCGUCGCCGCCGCUGCCGUAGCCGAUCCCGAGGAGCGCGAGCGCCGCACCGCAGCCUCCGCGCGAGCACGUACCGGGCGGUGAGAGGGCGCCGAGCGCGAGGGCGGGGCGCGCGGCCGGAACCUAGCAACCGCCUGACACGCGAGUGCCGCAGCCAAUCCCGCGGCCAGCUCCGCGCGGCGCCGACCGGCAGUCCGCGCGACGCCCGCUUCUGCCUGCGUCCGCCGCCCCGCAGCGCGCCGCACCCGCGCACAGGCCCCGCCUUCAUCCGCGCCGCUCCGCUCAUUGGUCUGCCACGCCCCUGUCCAAGAGGACACGCCCUAUCCUGGAAGCCCUGCCCCCGGCCAGUAGCGUCCGUCCCCGGGACACGCCCCGGCCCGUCCGGAUUGCCCCCAGCCCUCUGGGCUGGUAGUGGGGGAGGGGCGUCCCGCCAACCUCAGGCAUUGGGGCCUCUGAGACGCUCCCAACCGACCCAGGGUGGUCAGGCUCGAGAACUGCCCUGCCACAACUGACCACCUAUCGUUUGGCCCUCCGAUUUCCCUGGAAUGCAAAUCGAGAGUCCACAGAUAUUUAUGGAGUCUAUUGUAUGCUGAGAACACAACCAGGGUUGAGAGGAACAAGCACUGCUGUUGUGGAGCCCAAACUCUAGUGUAACAGGAUGAAGAUUAAAUUAAAAUGCAAUAGAAGACCAAAGGCAGAAAAGUUAGAAGUCACAGGCGGGACAACUAAGAAGUGUGUAUUCCCACUCCUUAGUGGGGAAAGCUGCAUGCAGGAAACAAGGAUUCUAUGCCCAUGGGGUCUUUUGCCUGAGUUAAGAGACAAACUGGAAAGAAGAGUUUAAGGGAAAAUGUGGGACAAAAGUCGGUAAGUACAAGCAGGUGAGCAUUUAAGUUCUCGUUUUGGGGUCUAGCUGGUGACACUGUGACUGUGCCCUCAGAGGUGAGUCCUGAAGACCAGAGACUGUGUGUACCCUCAUGAUUCCCAGGGAACCUAUAAUCUUUUGGGAGUUGGGGAAGCCUCUGCUCCAGGAUAGAGUGGUCUUCAUGAAGAGGAAAGUCUCAGAAACCUGGAGAGACCCAGGCAGUGAAUCAUUAGUCUGAGUCAAAAUGGAGACAGCAAUGGUCAGUCCAAGAGACCCAAGGACACAAGUUAUUUUCCCUUGACAACAGUCAGUGAGAAGCCAGGGAAUGUUUUCUGUCACUGUAAGUCUGGGUGCCUAGGCUAGGAAGGCACAACUCUUCCAGGCUGUUCCUUGGGCUGGCCUCAAAUUCGAGUUUUGUUUCUGUCUGAUACCCUACUAUGAGAGCCCUAAAGGUUACACUGGGCCUGUGUCUUUGGGUUCCUCAACGCAGAGAAGACCCAGGUCACCAAAGCUGACCAUUACCUGGAGGGUUCUGACUUGUGAGGAAGAAGCCCAAAAGAAGGCCUUGUUCCAUCUCUACUCUAUACUGUUUUAUUGGUUCAGAAAAUCAGUGGACCACUUCUGGCCUCAGCUUUGUUAUCAAUAAAAUAGGCUUAAUCAAUGAUCUCUGAGGCACAAGUGCCUGGAAGGAUGGUGAU